GUUUUUGUUCUUUUGACUUUGGCCAUUUUGUGGAAGCGGUCGGGCGAUUCGUCCUUAUCGCCUACUUUAGUCGCAAUCUAAUACCCACGAUUUCAUCACCCACUGCAUCCAAGAUCCAAUAUGGCCGGGAGCAGAUCUGUUUGACUCCCGCACCAUUCAAGUUCCGCCUGGAAUUGGAUAACGCCAUUGCCCCUGUAAUAAGCGGCUGAUGAGAAUCUCUGCCAGUACACAUCGGCAAGUACUGUUAGUUGAAUCGACCUCUGAACCAGGGACGCGCCUCGUCGCCAUCAGCCUCAGACAUAUUGUGAUGAACUGAGAAUGGCAGGGAGCUGCCAGCCCCUCUUUAUCACUGCCGUGUUGGAUUGCUUUUGGCCUGUGCGCCUGCAGAUAUCGGUCAAGUAGUUGAUUCCUGGUGUUCAAUUUCAAACACUGACUUACUGUACCGCAAAACGUUAUCCUGAUAGCUAUACAACACCACACCAGCACCAUGCAUGCUCAUCAGAGCUAACGACAUACCUUUCCGUCGCUCAAACAAAAGGCCCUGCUUAACCCCCAGCUUAAGCAGCUCUAAUACCCCUAGAAGACUACAAAUUCAGUCAGUCGUCCAUACGUCCAGUAUAGUACUCUCUCAAUUCCCAUUGUCAUCGGGUUCCUUCAAGUAUUUGAACCAACCAUGGCUCCCACGGGCCUUCUCGACUCGUUCCUGGCGGCCAUCCAAGCAAGCCUCAGCGUGCUCCUGGUCAUAUUCUACGGCGGGGUGGCCGCCCACUUGAAGCUUCUGAACCAAAGCAACAGCAAAGCCAUCUCCAAAAUUUGCGUGCGCAUGUUCCUGCCAGCGCUGCUGAUCGUCAAGAUCGGGUCGGAGCUCCACCCGGGGUCAGCCAGUCGCUACGGCAUCAUCUUCAUCUGGGCCAUUCUCUGCCACCUGGUGUCAUUCGUGCUGGGUAUUGUGGCACAUCUCUGGCUGGGCAUGCCGGACUGGACGACCGUGGCACUGAUGUUUAACAACACGACGAGCUACCCGCUACUUCUGAUCGCGGCGCUCGACGAGACAGGAAUCCUGCGGUCCUUGAUAGUGACGGACGAAACGACCCGGGCCGCCGUCGAGCGGGCCAAGUCCUACUUUCUGGUCUUUGCCACCAUUUCCUCCUGUUUGACCUUUGCAGUUGGGCCGCGCCUGAUCGAUUCCGAGCAUCCUCCGGACCCAAAUGACGACGAUGAAGACGACGAGAAGGAAACAGAUACCACGGCCGCCGGGAACGCCAACAUCAACAGUGAGGUCGACGACGACAAUGUUGGACGGCAACAUCAAUCUGUAGACGAGCUGACCACCCUUCUCGAUCGAGACAGCCAACGUCGACCCUCGGUCAUCACGUUCGGCCAACCGAACUCCUUUUUCCCUUCUGUCCGCAAGCCGUCAAUUCAGUCAGACCGGCGCCGGGCAUCGAUUCUGUCCGCCACUGAGCUGGUCGAAACCCGUCGUCGACCGUCCGUCGUGCCUCGCAGACAAUGGGUGCGUCUCGGCCCAACUGCCAAAUGGUGGCUGUUGUUCAUUUCGGAUUUCUUCAACGCGCCUCUGUUGGGCGCUAUUCUGGGUACCGUCAUUGGACUGAUCACGCCGCUGCACCGCGCGUUUUUCAACGAUACCGAACAAGGCGGCAUUUUCACAGCCUGGCUCACCUCCUCACUCGACAAUAUCGGCGGCUUGUUUGUCCCGCUGCCGGUAUUGGUCGCUGGUGUAUCGCUGUAUACUUCGAUGAAGGAGGUGCAACGGAGAAGGAAAGAGAAUGCGGAUGUAAGUCAGUCGGGCGACGAUGACGGCAUCCGUCGUCGCAGUGGUGGUGGUGGUGGCAGAGUUCGAUUCAGCGAUGAGAAUGAUGCAACUCCCUCCAAUUCCUCGAUCGGCAAUCAUAACGACACAAACACGAAUGCAGAAGCAAACUCAAACUCUGGUCCCAGUACUGAGUCCGUAUCUGCAUAUGCUCCGGCAGCCUCAAAAGGCAAAUCGAAAACAAAGCCGUUCAAACCCGAAUCUCACCUCCCGUGGCUUACGGUCACUUACAUUCUCAUUAUCCGCUUCGUCGUAUGGCCAAUCGCCUCGAUCGCACUGAUCUAUGUCGUUGCAUCCCGGACCAACUUGCUCGGAUCCGACCCCAUGCUCUGGUUCGCCAUGAUGUUGAUGCCGACGGGCCCGCCGGCCAUGAAGCUGAUCACGUUGGUGCAGGUCAGCGACGGAGACGAGGAGGAUGAAAUGAAUAUUGCAAAGUUGUUGACGAUAUCCUACAUUAUUUCCCCAAUCUUGUCAAUCACUGUCGUCGGUGGUCUGAGGGCAAGUCAGGCGGCCAUCCGGGUGUGAUUGAAUGGAUGGGAGUGACUACAUUAUAUUAUAUUACGUUACAUUACAAUCACUUUUCAUCAGGUACGAAUGAUAGGGCUCACGGCACACAUGAUACAUGGUGUAUUAAGGGAACCAGCGAGGAAAGGAAGAGAUGCAGGUCGAGUGAAAAGAACAGCGAAAAGAAGUGAAAGAAGAGGGUAGCUGAUACAGACUGGAAGGAAGCGAGGGGGCAAACUAAGAACCGAGCAAAAUCAUCGGGCAACCUCAAGCAGGGGAUGAUGCAUCUUCCUGUAUUGUGGCUCAUGCCCAAACUCGAGUGAGAUAGCGGUCUGACCAGGCGAGACCAAGCAGCACCAAUCCAACGACAGGUUUGUAAGUCAAGAAAUCUACAUGUCUGUCGCGUCUGUUACUCCACUAUAUAUCAAAUAAUUCGUAUAUGUCCGCCUGUAACAUUAUAUCCAGCCUUCCA